CUGCCGGUAUCAAAAUUCACCACAAAAGCCCUAAUCGGACCAAUCCUAGGGCUUACCCUUUGACCGGAUCCAGACCGAUAAGCCUGUUCAGCUUUUGUUCUCUCCUUCAGUAGAUAUGGAGGGCGCUGUCGUUAGCUCCGUGGAGAAGAAGCAGCAGACAUGGGCUUGUUCUGUAACUGAAGCCGUGGUCGCUGAGACGGCUCUCAUUGUCGGAAGAACCGUAGCUUGUCUGCUCCUUGUGGCAGGAUCUCUGCUGACUGGUUUCACCGCCGUAGAACAGAGAUUUCCUUUUGAGGAGCUUUACAAGACAGAUCGCCAUGGUGAGGAGGAGAACAAAGACGGCAGUGAAACUGAGGAUGACGACGACGAUGAUGACGAGGUGGAAGCUGGUGAUGACGAUGACGACGACGACGACGAUGCUGAUGCAGGUGAUGAGGAUUUCUCUGGGGAAGAAGGGGAAGAAGCUGACCCGGACGACAACCCAGAGGCCAAUGGCGAUGGUGGAGAUGAUGAUGACAAUGGCGAUGGCGAUGGUGAUGAAGAUGACGACGACGAUGAUGAUGAUGAUGAUGGUGACGAUGACGAUGGUGAGGAUGAGGAGGACGAGGAGGAGGAAGACAUUCGUCAACCGCCAUCAAAGAAGAGGAAGUGAGAGGUAUGAUGAGAAACGAACAGAUCUCUGUCUUGGUUUGAUUUUUCCUUCCGGACAUUGGAUGGUUUAGAGGGAUAUGUUUGGAGUCUGUAGAGUUUUAGGAAACUUAGAGCCAGUCGCCGUCGCAUCUGAUUCAGAACCUCAUUACCAUUUGUAUGUGUAACUCUUCUUCCUCUUCUUUUUUCUUUUAGAUUCUCUUUCCUAUUUAAACA